AUGUUUGUAAAAUAUAGCAAUUUGUACGCUUCAAAAAAGAACGUCUUCAACAGUACUAUCACUGAAGCGGAAAUGAAAGCGUUCUUCGGCAUCUUGAUUUUGAGUGGUUAUGUCCAGCUUCCACGCCGUCGUAUGUUCUGGGAGAAUAGCAAAGACACCCAUAAUGAAGUUGUUUCUUCAGCCAUGUCAAGAGAUAGAUUCGAAUUUAUUAUGUCAAAUUUGCAUUAUUGUGACAAUUCCAAGCUAUCUCAACAAGAUAGAUUUGCGAAAGUUCGGCCACUUUUUGAAGCAAUAAAUAGAAAUUUUCAACUUUUUUGCCCCGUACGAGGUGCACACUCAGUUGAUGAGUCCAUGGUACCUUACUUCGGGAGGCACGGCUGUAAGCAGUUCAUCAAAGGGAAGCCAAUCCGUUAUGGAUUCAAAAUAUGGAUGGGUGCAAUAUCGUCUUCAGACUGCGCUGGCUAUUGUGUGUGGUUGGAACCCUAUCAGGGAUCAAACACUCAAAUUCCCACGAUGUACAAAUUGUUUGGCUUAGGGCCAUCCGUUGUGCUGCAUUACAGUACCGUAUUGCGCCAAAUGCUAUCUCUCCCGUAUCACAUUUUUUUCGAUAAUUUCUUUACUACUGUGCCACUUUUGGAGGAACUUUUCCGGCAUAACAUUAGAGGUACGGGGACGGUGCGGGAGAACAGAAUGUCGAAAUGCACAGUCCAGUCAAAAACUGACAUGAAAAAAACUACGAGAGGUACAUAUGACUACGGGUCAACCGAGAAUAAAGUACUAAUCGUCAAGUGGAAUGACAAUAAUAUCGUAAAUGUGGCCACGAACAAUUUACAAGUACAUCCUAUUCAUCAUGUGUCAAGGCUUCAGAAAAGAAAAAAGAUUACAGUUGAUCAACCUCAGUGCAUAAAAGCAUACAACGCAUUUAUGGGAGGUGUAGACAGAUGUGACGAGAAUAUUAGUUAUUAUCGUACGAGUAUCCGAGGAAAAAAAUGGUAUUCCUGUCUAAUAUUUUACCUUUUGGAUUUGUCUAUUAAAAAUUCCUGGCAUUUACAUAGGCUGCAAGGAGGGUCAAUGGAUCAACUGACAUUCCGCAGACAGAUUGCCAUGACCCUAUUGGAAACUAACAGGAUGUCCAGAAAACGUGGAAGACCAUCAUGUCUGGAAAAUGCAGAAUCCCGUUUCAUGAACACUAAUGAACUUAGUGCGGCAGGACAAGCCAACUCGUUGUCGCGUGUGUCACAAGCCGGUGCAAAAAAAGUGCUACAAAUGCGACGAUGCAUUACAUAUGGACUGUUUUGUUCCUUAUCAUACCAAGAAUUAAGAAAAAGAAGUAUGCGUGUUAACAUUUUCUUGAAAAUUAACUCAUUUUUACGUAUAUAUGCCUAA